AUGGCAGAAAUUGAAUUUAAUCCAAUUCUUAUUUAUAACGAGCUUGUAAAUUUGUGUGUUAAGCCACCAUUAAGUGGUAGAGUGAUUAGCAAUCAUAACUCAGCAAGUGCAGAUAAUUCCAAUAACAACAAUGUAAAUACUAAUGUUGGUGAUGCUCAAUUGGUUCCUUCUCUACGAAUCGAUUCAACUACUUUGUCAAAAGAAGUUAACAAAUUUCGUGCUUGUGAUGGAUCAAAUGGUAAAAGAUCAAAGCAACUAGCAAAAUUAAUUUGUAAAAAUUUAAAUGAAUUUAUUAUUACCCAACUUGAUGAAAAACUUAAAUCAAGUGGAUCAUCGACAACAAACGAAAAAAAUUAUAGUCUUCUUAAUGAAACAGUCGAAAAGAUUUAUGAAUGGAUACUAUUAUCGAGUAAAUUUUUAGAAAUUAAAAAAUCUAAUUUAGAAAUUUCAAGGAAUAAUUUUCAUUUUUUGAAAAAAACCACCAAAAAACCAGCACAAUGCCAUCAUUCCAAGCCUGAUUGGAAAACUCCUUCAGAACUUGAUUCCGACCGAAAGAUUUUUAAUGAUCAUUUGAUAAGAGAAAAAAAUCACGAUAAAGAAUUACUUAAAACCGAUUUAGUUAAAGCGUGGCUGCAUCUUAACAAAAUUUUAACAAGCAUAACACAAUUGGAGGCGACUCGUGAUCUGAUACUUGGCAAAGGAUGCGUUGAAAAUUUAUCAAAGUUUAUGAAAGAGCACCGGGAUAAAACAAUUUCUUUCAAUGAACAUUGGACUCCUAUUGCUGAAACAUAUAAAAAAAAUAACAAGUCCAAGAAAUCAAAUAAUAAUAACAAUGCAACUUCAGCUGCAAAUGAUGUUGAAGAUAUAGAUGUAGCGUUUGGUGCUUUUACGAAUAAUUGCAGAAAUGCUAUUUCAUUAUUUAAGAAAUCCUUUAUUGAUAAAGCGUGUGAUAAUGCUGUUCAAUUUGGAGAGGAGGCGCAAGAUAUUUUAUUGGAUUUAAUAACGGAAGCAGAGAAACGAGUAACCGGUGAGGGAGUUUUAGAUUUUCACAGUGAUCUAUUGGAGAAAUGUAAUAAUGCCUUGAAAACGGUCAAAGAUAUAAAAUUGAUGAUAUUAAAAAGAAUUUCAAUUAUGCGAUCGGAGAUUGCCAAAAAAGAGAAUGAACUUAUUCAAGAGAUUGAUGCUUUAGAAAAUGGAUGGGCGAAUGAAUCACAAAAAACGUUGCAAGGACGGCUAGAGAAAGCCAAUAACAAAGAAUUUCGAAAGCGAAUUAAAAAGUUCGAGAGUGCUAUGCAAUCAAAAAGACAAUUUGUGGUAAAUUCAAUAAAUAACCUAUUAUCAACCAAAGAUUUCACAAGUAUUUGUAUAAGUUGUUUAGAGAUCUUUAUGAUGGAAGGUGAGGUUUUAGAAGCUAUGCAGCUUAGGAUACAUUAUGAAUCUUACGAUGAGAGGCUUAAAAAGUUAUCUUUUCAACGUGAAAUUUUAUUAAAAGAUUAUAGACAGGGUGUUGAUACUGGUAAAAAAGUAUUGGCAGGAUUAAUUGGAAGAACAUUUUUGAAAGAGGCAUCAAGAUUAAUAGAAAGGUCUUUAGCAUUGAAGAAACAAGAGAGAUUUUUACAGUCGAUCGAUCAAAAAAAUGUUGAUACAACAAAAAAGAAAAGGGCAGAAAAAGAACUAGUCGCGACAAAUUCAGAAACAACAGAGACAUCUAGAUCCAAUGAACUUAUUCAAGAGAUUGAUGCUUUAGAAAAUGGAUGGGCGAAUGAAUCACAAAAAACGUUGCAAGGACGGCUAGAGAAAGCCAAUAACAAAGAAUUUCGAAAGCGAAUUAAAAAGUUCGAGAGUGCUAUGCAAUCAAAAAGACAAUUUGUGGUAAAUUCAAUAAAUAACCUAUUAUCAACCAAAGAUUUCACAAGUAUUUGUAUAAGUUGUUUAGAGAUCUUUAUGAUGGAAGGUGAGGUUUUAGAAGCUAUGCAGCUUAGGAUACAUUAUGAAUCUUACGAUGAGAGGCUUAAAAAGUUAUCUUUUCAACGUGAAAUUUUAUUAAAAGAUUAUAGACAGGGUGUUGAUACUGGUAAAAAAGUAUUGGCAGGAUUAAUUGGAAGAACAUUUUUGAAAGAGGCAUCAAGAUUAAUAGAAAGGUCUUUAGCAUUGAAGAAACAAGAGAGAUUUUUACAGUCGAUCGAUCAAAAAAAUGUUGACGAUUUUCUUUGA